CCUGAACAAAUUUCUAGUGAAUAUCAAGCACAAGAUUUUUGUAUUGUCUGCAAUAAGAAAAUUUUGUCUAAUCUAUAUGAAUCUAUUAUUAUUUGGACGUGUAAACAUCUUUCUUAUUGGUCAUGCAUGCUUAGUAAAGAUGAGUGUCCCUGUGAAAAUAAUGAAGAAAUUGAUGAAGAAAUCAGUACAGAUGAAAAUGUAGAAUUAGCUGCAAGAGCAUUAAUAAAGUUAUCACAGGAUACUGCAA